AUGUCGACGCCCUCGUCCGCGGCGAUCCGGGCGUACGUCGAGGGCACGUACGACGAGCUUCCCCCGUCUGUGCGUGACGAUGUAGCGCGUGGUGCGCUCCCGCUCCUCGCGCUCGUGCGGGAGCUGGGCGAGUUCCUCACGUCCGAGUCGGACACGGUGCGGGCGCGCGCUGUGGCGCUGCUCAGUGGCGUGGUGCAGCACCUCGCCGCGCAGCCCGCGCCGGCGCUGACGCGGCAGGCGCUGCGCACGCUCACGCAGUUUUUCUGCGACAAGCUGAGCGACGCGGUCGCUGUGGGCGAUGCGCGCGCGCGCGCGCGCAACGACGCCGCGGCGCCUGUGCCCGCGUCGGCGGCGCGCGCGGCCGUCGACGCGGAGGAGGCGGCGGCGAUGCAGGCGGAGGACAUGCUCCACGACUGCCUCGCGGCGCUGUAUGCGCUCAGCGGCGUCGGCUUUCGCGGCGACGAGUGUGUAUCGCGCGAGGCGUUCGGCGGCGAGGAGGCGCGCACACUCAGUGCCGCCCUGUUCACGCUCGAGCUGCGGCGCUACCCCCAGCCGCUGCGCCUGCUCGUGUGCCGCCUCCUCGACUCGCUCGUGGCGCGGCACCGCCACGCGCUGCGCGCGAUGCGCGCGGGCGCGGGCGCGCCGGACGGCAGCGCGUUUAUCCAGGGCUACACGGCCCUCGUGCAGGGCGAGAAGGACCCGCGCAACCUGCUCGUGCUGUUUGGGCUCGCGCGCGUGCUCCUGCUCGAGUGGCCGGUCGGCCCCCGCGAGGCCGAGGCCCUCUUCCACGUGCUGUUCUGCUACUUUCCCAUCUCGUUCCGCACGGCGCCGGACGACCCGUACGGCACGGCGCCGGACGAUCUGAAGCGGGCGCUGCGGGCGGCGGUGAGCGCGUCGCCGGCGCUCGCGCCGCUCGGUCUCCCGGUGCUCGUCGAGAAGAUGAGCGCGAGCGGCGGCGCCGCGCGCAUCGACACGCUGCGCACGCUCGCGGCGUGCCUGCCCGUGUAUGGCGGCGCAGCCGCGCAGGCGCAUGCGCGCGAGCUGUGGGGCUACCUGAAGCUCGACCUGCUGCAGCCGCCGGACGACGAGACGCUGGCGUGUGCGCAGGACGCGCUGGCGGCGCUCCUGCGCGCCGUGUACGCGGAUGCGCCGCUGGAUGCGCUCGCGCACGAGAUCCUCGACGAGUGCCUCGGCGCGAUGCGCGAGCCGGGCAAGUCGCUCGCGCGGCUCAGCCUGCACGUCGUGCACACGUUCGUGCGGGCAUGCGCGCGCACGGCCGAGGAGGCGACGCAGCGCAUGCUGGCGCAACUGCUCGGCGUGCAGCUCCCGCAGGCGGACGAGACGGACAAGCCGGCGCUCCUGGGCCUGCUCGCGAGCCUGCUCGCCGAGCUGGUGCAGCACCCCGCGCAUGCGCCGCCGCUGGCCACGGCGCACGACACGCUCCUGGCCGCGUUCACGUCGGAGGCCGCGCUGCGGUGCGAGGCGGGCCUGCAGGGUCUCGUGUCGCUGACCGCGCUGCCGCGUCUGCUCACGCCCGACGAGGUCGCGUACGCUGCGCGCGGCAUGCAGGCCGCGCUCCUCGCGCCGGACCGCGCGCUGGCCGCGCCGGCGCUCGCGGGCCUCGAGGCCAUGCUGGCGACGCACGCGCCCAUCCUCGAGGCCGAGACGCUGCCGCUGCUCCUCGGCGAGCUGCCGGCGCACGUCGCGGCGCCGAGCAGCGCGCUGCGCACGGUCCUCGGCGCGCUGGGGCGCCUGUGCACGCCGCCGGCGCUCUUUGCGGCGCUGGCCACGCGCGUG